AUGGCGACCACGAGCAAGCAAUACAAGGCCAUAGGCGAGGACCUCUGGAAGGGCCGCACUGAGAAGAUUAAUGCAGAGCUCUUCGCCCUGACGUACGGCGCCCUCGUCGUGCAGCUCAUCCAGGACUAUGAGGACUACGCCGAGGUCAACAAGCAGCUCGACAAGAUGGGCUACAACAUCGGCACCCGGCUCAUCGAGGACUUCCUCGCCCGGAGCAGCCUCGGCCGCUGUGCAGACUUCCGCGAGGUCGGCGAGGUCGUCGCAAAAGUCGGAUUCAAGUCGUUCCUGAACAUCACCCCGAAUGUAGUUCAUGGCGCCGCGCCGACCGCUGCAUCCUCGCCCACCCGGACGAGCAUGCCUCUUCCACAGGCAAAUUCUCCCGGUGCGACCUUCACGCUAACGUUCGAGGAGAACCCCUUGGCGGAGUUUGUAGAGCUGCCAGAGGAAGCUCUGGACGGCGGUCUGUGGUUCAGCAACGUGCUUUGUGGGGUGCUUAGGGGAGCUUUAGAGAUGGUCCAAAUGCAAGUCACGGCGUCCUUCAUUUCGGACGUCCUGCGCGGCGACGAGGCUACCGAAAUCCGCGUCACUCUUGUGAAAUAUCUGGAGGAAGAGGUGCCUGUCGGCGAUGACUAG